UGCGUCAUCUCUCCGCGACACUCCAGCUUGUCAUUGCAGGGCGAGAUGGCGUCGGAAGCUGAAAACACGGCUGCAGUGGACACAGAACUGGAUGAAUUAUUGGACAGUGCACUGGAUGACUUUGAGAAGACGAAUGUUCCUCACGCUGCUCCUGAAGCCGUCGGUGCAGAAGCGAAGACGGGGCAGAAGCCGCCCCUGCUGGAGGACAGUCAGUUCUUCGAGUCUCUGUUUGAAGGAGAGAUGGCUCACCAGGCGAAGGAGGAGUGGGACAGAGCGAUGGCUGAGCUCGCACAGGAAGAACCCGAGCUGAUCCAGCAGUUCCACAAACUGUCCGAGGCCGCGGGGAGAGUGGGUACUGAUGCAGCGUCUCAGCAAGAGUUCGCCUCCUGCCUCAAAGACACGCUGAGUGGGCUGGCCAAGAACGCAGAUAACCUGCAGGCCACCGGAUUGGCUGGAGAGGAUCUGACUAAAACAUUAGAAGGGCUGGGAUUGGAUGAGAAUAGUGAAGGGGGCGGGGAAGACGGAAACAUCCUCCCCAUCAUGCAGUCCAUCAUGCAGAACCUUCUGUCCAAAGACGUGCUGUAUCCGUCGCUCAAGGAGAUCACGGAGAAGUACCCGGAGUGGUUGGACAGUAACAGACAGUCGCUCUCGGCCGAGGACGUCCAGCGGUACGAGCAGCAGCACAGGAUCAUGGGAGAAAUCUGCAGCCAGUUUGAGAGAGACGGAGACACACAGAGUAGCUUUGAGAACAUUCUGGAGCUCAUGCAGAAGCUGCAGGAUUUGGGUCACCCGCCGAAGGAACUGGCCGGAGAAGCCCCCCCUGGUCUGAACUUUGACCCGGAAUCUCUUCAGCUUCCUGGAGCAGCAGGAGCGGAGCAGUGCUCCAUCAUGUGACCCCAGUGAGGCGGAGAUGUUAGUAAUAUGAAAAUGUGUGUGUGUGGACCGACUAAUUAGCAGGAAAUACAUGCUUUUAAUUACAGAUUAAUAAUACACCUCACAUUAGUCAGUGUGCACAGUAAAAUCACUUCUUCACUUUAAUGUUAGCAUUACUGCUCGAGCAGAUGUUUGCUAACUUUAGGUCAAAUAACUGUGUCAUUACAAGUAGUUUAUCCAGGGAAAUGCCACCUUUUUAUGCACAGAGCUGAAAAAACACCUUGUGGUGCCUUGUGAUGCCACGUGACCAAGUGAUUGGCUGAUGAAAUUUACUGUAAGCUCCGCCCCAUACCUGAUGCAGGUACACCUGUCAGUAUUCCAUCGAACAGUUUUAUAUACAUCGUUAUUCAGAAUGUGUGAUUCCACAACACUAAUAGUGAAGGCUUUAAGUGCAGGGGAGUGUGUGUGUGUGAGUGAGAGAGAGAGAGGGAGGGAGAGCGAGAUAUUCUGUUCCUUUAAUGUUGAUGAAAUGUGGUUUAUUCUUCUGUGAUGUUUAUAAUUAUUAUUAAAAGUGGACUGUGUUUAAA